AAUAUGGCCGAUUGAGGAAAGACACAAUGAAUUUCUCGCAAGUUAGCAGUCAGAAUAGCUUUGUAUCAAUGUAUAACGCACACCAACUUGUAAAAUUAACAUUUCGGGGCAUACUUCUGCAACGAAUACUUGGUACGGUUACACAAAAAUGUGAAAAUUUCAAAAAUCUGAGCCCAGGAAAUGAGGAUUUUCCAAGGGCAAGGGCGCCAUUUUCCAACGUCUUUUUUUUCAAAUUCAAAAGUUGACGAAAGCCCAUUAAUUUCUCUCGUCCGCCGGCCUGAUCAAGUGUGAGUGGGACAAUCGCCGUUACUACAUCGAGCCCAUCGCCUUCGACAUGCAGCUAGUCCAGAGAUACUGCAUCGACGUUAAGGCUAACGCCUCAGUCACUGAGGUACACAGGCCCACUGACUUCACUACAUACACUUACACAAUCUCCGACCUCUCUGGGGAGCUUGACCCCAGUACGACAUUGACUGUGAAUCCGGUCACUGUGACCCCUGCUGACCCCUUGACCCUUGCGAACUCUGUCAGCCACACCAUUGACUUCUCAGAUACUGAUACCGACCCAGCACUCUCGAGCCAGUCAUCAGCAUUACAUACCCACUGGAGACUGAAAGACUUUUUCAUUCGGAACCUUACACUGUCAAAAGGGGCCAUAAAUCCAUCCAUACUGCCUACAGCAAUUGUCAAAUCAGAAAUCUCACCAGUGCCUAUAGCUUCACAGUCACCAAAUGUCAUUAACAUUAGCCUACCACUAUCGCCAACAUCGGUUUCUCAGAUCGACACAAUCCUCAAUGGGAAGGUGAAGAUACAGCCCAAGAUUGAACCCAGGUCCAAUCCUUCGAGUCCAAAACGGGCUCGAACCUCUACAUCAGUAGAGCUCAGCUCUCCAAAGUCGCUGGUGCUAACACAAGAGGAAUUUGAUCGUCUCACACACCAGGGGGUGCUGCGUUUCCAGCCUCCCAAACAGGAGAGUAUUCUCCCAGGGCCAACUGCUCUUCCUGCCACACGUGUUGUUACUGCCCCUGGCCUUCCUGUCCCGCAGGUGGUGCCAAUCUGCACAAGUACGAUAUCACUGCUAGAGGAUAAAGACUCAAAAGCUAUGAAGAGACAACAACGAAUGAUUAAAAACAGGGAAUCAGCCAGCUUGUCACGAAAACGAAAGAAGGAGUACAUGUCCACCUUGGAAGAAAGACUCCAGGAGACUUGUGAUGAGAACGAGAAACUGAAGAUGGAAAACCUUACACUGAGAAGUAGACUGUCACAACUGCAUUCAGAGAAUGAGUAUCUCAAGAAGUCACUGUCUGUUAGCCCCAACUUGAAGAAGACCAUUGUAUUGGUGUGCUGUCUGUUCUUCACGCUCAAUCUGGGAUCUUGGAGCUCUAUAAUGUUAACAAGCAGGCCAGAUGUUGGGACAGACUCUCUAACAGUAUCUCAAGUGCACAGAGGUCGCCACCUAAUGGCUGCCACACCGGAAAGCUCGGGCUCAGAUCUCGGAUAUCCGGACACGGUUACUGACACAGCAAACCGGAUUCACGAUUUCUUUAUGAAGUAUGGUAGUGCUGGGGUGCACGCUGGUGACAAGACGUUCAAUGCUUCCGACGUGCCCCCAAUGUGUCCUACAUAUUACAAUAAGACGGAGUCAAUGAGGUUGGCAGAGCAGUUGGCAGGUUGGAUGUAUCGACAUGAGGAGAAGAAGAAGAAGAAGACAGGGAAGAAGGAGGCAGAGAAAGAAGUGAAGCAGCUGAGACCUAUCUCCUCUGAGACGAGCCAUGCGGGGGGAGAUGGGGCCAGGGCUGGACUCCAAGUACAGUGCUGGUGAUGCCAGGUACCAGAUUCAGCUCUACGAGGGCUCUGACACGGGCAAGGACUUUCUGAAGGCUCUACAUCGGAGAAAUGACACCUUCUACGUACUCAGCUUUGACGAGGAUUACUACCUGGUACCUGCUGUCUACCACAACAA